AUGAAUCGUCAGUUGACAAUUGCUACAAUUUCGGUGGCCGUCAUCUUGUUGCUGUGUUCCGGACCAGUCGCUGGCCGCUUUAGUAAACACGAUGGAGAUUUAGCCCCAGGAGAGGAUCUAGGUUUCCAUGAAAACAUCGUUCAUAACAAUGAGUCAGCGAGAGCAAAAAGAGAAACUAUAUCUGAAAACAUUAAUUCGCAAAAGAACAAAUUCGGCAAACACGAUGAAGUCAUUUGCAUGCCUCUUUUACCUGCAUUACCGCUGCCUAAAGACAAAGCUAACUUUACUUUCGGACAGGCAACUAUUCACGGAUGGGCAGUUUUCUACAAAACUCUUCAUUCUUUGGCAUUUGUCAAGCCAAAGUGUGUCGUUCCAGGACACGUACUAGUGAUGCCAGUGAGGUCAAUAAAACGAAUCCUAGAUAUGCAGCCUGAAGAAUUAGCAGAUUUGUUUCUUACUUCGCAAAGAGUCCAGCGCGGCAUGGAACUUUUCCAUGGGGUUUCUUCCUCGAUGAUUGCAGUGCAAGAUGGCCCAGAUGCUGGACAAACCAUUGCGCAUGUCCACGUCCACAUCAUGCCCCGACGCUCAAAGGAUUUUGAGGAGAAUGAUGAAAUAUACGAGGAGCUGGACAAGCAUGACAAGGGACCAGGAGUUCACUGGCGCACAAAGGAAGAAAUGAAGAUGGAAGCUGAUGAACUUCGCCAAUUUUUCAACACCCUGAAUUGA